AUGCAACAACAACAGAAGUUGGAACCGCAACAGCAAUCACAAUCGACGGAUCCUUCCACGAACCAAUUCAACUUAAGUGCCACCACUUUAGACGUCUCAACAGCGUCAGCAGCAGCAGCAGUCCUCACCAACCCAACUACCGCCUUCAGCACAUCAAUUCUCGACAACGAUGGCUCAUUUGAUUUACAGCAACAACAGCAGCAGCAUCGCCGCAUAAUCAACCUAAGUCAGUUUCCUACACCCAGAAUGUUCAUUCUUUCAUUCAGCUCUUCCAGCUUGGGGGAAGCAACAUGCUGGAGCUUCACCUCAACUAACAAAAUCAAUUUGUUUGUACAGUACUGCAAUACGGAGGAGUUGCAGGAGCAACAACAGAGUGGGGAGAAACUGCAGAAUGACUUGCCGCAACAGAUAGUUGAAAAUGAUAACGAGUUAUUGCAACUCUUCCUCACUACAAAAUCAACUGCCAAGAACACUAUUGAUACUGCAAAUGUUAGCUUGCAGGUGGAAACAAGAGGUAGGGAUUUGUGUUUAAAUUUGGCAUCCAAGGUUUGCAACAUCUUGCAAAAGGAGCAAUUGAACCAGGAAAUCGCAAGUCAACAGCGACAAGUCUGCUUCAUUUUGGAUAACAGUGAUUUUAAUGCAUUGACAAGCUUGCUAGAGAUUGAAACAAGGGGACUUCUUUCUGUACCAGUUGCGCCAAUUGAAAAUGGAUGUUUUGCAUGUUCAGACUGUGAUAAACCAGAUGUGCGGACGGAACAUGUCAAGCACUACAUCAGGUUGGUGCUGUCAAACAUCAGUUCAUACCAUUGCCAAUAUUGUGAACGCAAAUUCUCACGAUUGGAUAGCUCAGCACUGCGUAUGAAGAUACACUUUGAAGUUGGUGGCACUGGCAGAACCAACAUCGUUUAA